CGUUAGCGUCACUGGGCCGCGCCGCGUAGUGCCUGACGUCUAUGCGGCCCGCCUUCCGGAAGGAAACCCCAGCGGCUAACUAUGGCGGCAGUCGCGGAGCAGUGGGUGCUGGUGGAGAUGGUCCAAGCGUUGUACGAGGCUCCUGCUUAUCAUCUUAUUUUGGAAGGAAUUUUAAUACUCUGGAUAAUCAGACUUCUUUUCUCUAAGACUUACAAAUUACAAGAACGAUCUGAUCUUACAGUCAAGGAAAAAGAAGAAUUGAUAGAAGAGUGGCAGCCAGAACCUCUUGUCCCUCCUGUCUCAAAAGACCAUCCUGCUCUCAACUACAACAUCGUUUCAGGCCCUCCCAGCCACAACAUUGUGGUAAAUGGAAAAGAAUGUAUAAACUUCGCCUCAUUUAAUUUUCUUGGACUGUUGGAUAACCCUAGGGUCAAGGCAGCAGCUUUGGCAUCUCUAAAGAAGUAUGGUGUGGGGACUUGUGGACCUAGAGGAUUUUAUGGCACAUUUGGUAUGUUUUUUGUCAUCUUUUUCAGACAGCUAUUUUCAGGAAUUAAAAUUCAGUUCGACUUCAAAACUGCUCGGAAAUGGUAUCCUUAAUUAAUUGUGGAGUUAAGCUGGUGAACUUUCUAGAAGAUUUUGUUCGGAACUGUUGGUGGGCGAUGCAUGGGUCUGAGGCUGACUGUCCUUGUAAGAGCCAUAGGAACCUAAGGUGCACUGUCUCGGCUGGGCGAGGCCUGAGCUGCUGUCAUACUUGCCCCGAGAGACAGUGGUGUGAGGAGACAGUUUUAAGGGGAAGCAUCCAGUUGCAAGUGGUUCUGCUCUUUAUAGUUGUGCAGGAACCCAGAUCUUCCCUCUUGUGGCUUUGGAACUGAGGGCACUGUCCUUGUCUGCAUGGCGGAGACCAAGUGACGAGUCUGGAGGAGCAGGAGUGCAGGUACUCGUGUAGGUGGGCAAGCGGUGUGGCACAUCAUUCUGCCCACAUUCCAUUGGUGAGCACAUGAGCCAGGUCAUGCUUCUACAGAGGGGCCCGGGAAACUGCUCUAGCUGGGCGGCCACCAUGUGCCAGGAGGAAAGGUGAGACCAGGUUGGGGAGUGAUAGAGUAUGGAGCCCUUUUCUUUCUAGUAUGAAGAUGAAGGAUCAUUGAUUUCCUUGUUUGUGAAUGACCCAGGGAUAGGCUAACUAGAUGUUAGGAUCAGAGUGUGAUUUCAAAUGUCACGAACUCCCUAAUUUAGAGGCAUCAAAGAAUCAUAUAUUGUUCUUUGCUUCUGAAAAUUUGUUAAGUAAUUGUUCAAAUGAAUAUAUUACUGGAAAUAAUCGUCUGGUUUACAAAAUGUCAGAGGGUGGGGAAAGUGGAGCCAGAGAAGUCUGUUUUGUCUUCUUUGCUCAUUUUCAUUUCUGGGUCUUUGUGUGUGGUUUUUUUUGUUUUUUUUGUUUGUUUGUUUGUUUUUCCGUUUUAACUGUUAAGAUGUUUUUAUUUAAGGGAGCACCUUUCUUUAUCCCUUAGCUAGUUUAAUGCUUAAAUUAUUUAUAUUGGAAACAGACGAUGGGAAUUAGUGUCCAAGAAUCCUGCAGCUAGAAAGCAUCUUUAAAAUCUUGUAUUCCAGCAUCCCAGAUAUUCAAAAAAGGAAUAGAAAGCCCAGAGAUGUUAAGUGACUUCCUCAUGGUCACAGAGAUAAUUAAUUUUAGUGCUUAAACUAGGAAACAAGUCUCCCAGUUUCCAGUCUCAAUGGCAAGAUCAAAGGCUUAAAAGAGCUCAGACCAGAGUCUCCCUUUUUCCUCUAGCCUAGUGUAAACAUGAAUUAUUUGACUGAUUUUUCUUGAUAGGAUAUUAUUUCCUUGUUAAGAAUUAGAAAACUAGAAAAGGCAUUUUUUAACAGCGUUGUUUGAUGUAAUCUGAUCAACAAGGCUUUCUUUUCGUGAUCUACUUGCUGUAAUAAAGAAAAUGCUUUUUUAAAAGCCUCUCUUUCUAGUAGAUUUUAUUUGCAUGUGUGACCUUGGCUCUUGCUCAGGGAGUUAAUCUGAGAAGACAGAUAAGAGAUUUAUUGCUAAAUCAAGUUGUAAAAAAUAAAUAAAAUGUUUCAAACCUUCAAGAGCAGUUUUCCUAGAGCUGUGGAAAUACAUUGUUAUAAUAAUAGCCCAGUCAACUUUCCGUUUGGAUCACCUGAAAUUUAAAAUACAUAGCAGCAUGCUAUGUACUUCUGACCUCGGGAGUCUUUCAAAGUAAUGGUUUUUAAAUUUUUUUUUUAAUUGAAAUGUAGUUGUCAUACAAUAUUAUAUUAGUUUCAGGUGUACUAGUCAGUGAUUUGAUGUUUGCAUACCUUAUAAAAUGAUCACCAUGAUAAGUCUAGCAACCAUCUGUCCUUAAAGUUAUGCAAUAUGAUUGGCCAUAUUCCUUAUCCUAUAUAUUGCAUCCCUGUUGCUUAUUUAUUUUAUAACUGGAGCUUUGUACCUCUUAACGCCCUACAUCUAAUUCUCCCCACCCCUCAUCCUCUUCCCCUCUUGCAGCCACCUGUUUGUUCUCUAUGAGUCUGUUUUCAUUUUGUUUGCUUUGUUUUUUAGAUUCCACGUAUAAGUAAGAUCAUAUGGUAUUUGUCUUUCUCUGUCUUAUUUUGCUUAUCAUGAAACCUUCUAAAUCCAUCCUAACUUGAUUUUCUUGAUUGUAUAAUUCAGUCCAUGAUACAAACUUCAAGAGGUUUAGAGAGGUAGUGAAGUCUUCUCUCCGCCAUUACACCCCACAAAAAAAGACGGCUACUAACAGUAGUUCCUUGUUAAUUCUUCCAGAGACUUUUUUUCAGCAUGUGCAAACCACUUCCGUACAUUUCCCCACCCCACCCCCACCAGUUUUAGAAAAAUGGUAGUGUACCACAUACAUGUUCUGUGCCUGACUGUUUGUUUUAAAUUUAGAUUGGAUUUGGUCUUUCAGGUGUCUGAAUGGGCCAUCAGAGGCAGUAUAAUGAACAUGUUAUCCUGCUGAACACCUUACACUGCCUCUGAUGACUAUUUUAUGUCAGUGUGUCAUCCUUAUCCUAAUCCUGUUUGUUGAAGAUACAAACAGACUGGUAUCUGGACAAAGGCUGAAGGUUAAUUUGCCUUGUAGUGGUUUUGUUAUAAGAUGAGUAAUGUGUAUUAUUUUCUGAGUGCCUUGUCUUUCUUGUAAACUUGUCCUUCUUAAAACUCGUUUCAUUCUUCUCAACAGUUGCCCAUGUUUGCUUGUCAUCUUUUUGCCUUUCUUUAUGUGUGUAUUGUACAUAUUUUUACUUUUUGGUUUUCUAGCAGGAUAUUUUCUGUGUUAUUCCUUAUUCUGGAACUAAUCACUUAAAUUAUUUUAGUUAUAUUAAAUUAUCUUGAAAUUUCAGUGUUGUGUAAGUUCAGAGAAGCUACUCGAGGUCACCUAAGGGUAUAUUUUAAGUCUCUAAAAUGCCCUCCACAAUUAAAUUAUUCUGAAUAUUUAGGGUCACUUGUCCUUUGCACUGAGCAUUAAGUUGGAAGUAAAGGCCCCUUUUCUCCCAUUUGAAGGUACUUUUGUAUUCGUGAGACUAAAGUCUCUUUCCUUGGAGAAAUUGCUUUUAAUUUUGUUGUUUUCCCCCCUGCAAGUAUUACUCACCGCAUCUUUUUUUCAGUGAUGAAAUACUCUCUCUUUUAGCUUUUCACUUAACUUUUCAGAUAAUGAAUGAAAGUCACUUUUUGUACAAUUAAAUUUCCUUAUUAAACAUUCUCUUUGUUAUUUCACAAUAAUAUAUUAGGUGAAAUUAGAUGAUUACUACAGAAAAAGAAAAUUGACAGUCGAAUUAAAAUUCUUCUAGUUUCUUAGGCUAAAUGUUCUCCUGCCUCCUAAAGGCCCAGCAGAUUGUUACCCACAUGGUCUUGUAAGGACUGUGCGGGUCACAAGUUUUUCCACCCUCUCAUCUUACUAUUUUUUUGUAAGGUUUGUUUGGUUUUUUUACCAUUUUAUUUUAUUUUAUUCUUUGGCCAC